AGCUGAGACCUGACUGGAGCUCAUACAUGGCCACCUUCCCACCCAUACCUUGGAAACGAACCAGAGAAACAACGUAAUGUUACCAGGAGGCAGAGGAAAAAGCAGAUUGUUUGACAAGGUCUAGAAAUCUGAAAACAAUGAUUCCUAUAACCCUCCAUUACAUCCACCUUCUCAUCGCUGUGUUCAAUCAUGUCAACUGUGGCACAUUCUCCAGAAGCAAAACAAAGUCACAGAUACACCAUCCCCUGCCACAAUACAAUGAUGGGCCUCCACAACAGCCCUUCUUGGGGAAUGAGAUGCCGUUACUGGGACAGUAUGGUAUGGAACUCCCACAACUUCCAUUUGAGUUAGGCAAGGAGCACCUGUUGACAGAAAGUAAAGGACAAACAUUUGUCAGAGGAGCCAAAGGUCCACCUCCCCCUGGUCCUGUUGGAGAAGGUUUCCGCAUUGGACCUCAGGGAGUUCCUGGCCCACCGGGACCUCAAGGACCACCAGGGCUGCCCGGACAGGGAUUGCCAGGAAUGCCAGGAAAAGCAGGCCCUGCUGGUCCUCAAGGGUACCCAGGAAUAGGUAAACCAGGAAUGUCGGGAUUGCCUGGAAAACCAGGAGGACCUGGAUUGCCUGGACCACAAGGUGAGUCAGGACCCAGUGGUCGUAAUGGAGCAAAUGGACUUCCCGGUCCUCAAGGACUUCCAGGUCCACCUGGCCUCCCUGGAAUUUCAAAACUAGGGGGUCAAGGCCUUCCUGGACAAGUUGGCCUUAAAGGAGAACCUGGCCCAAGAGGUACCCCUGGGCUUCCUGGUCAGCCUGGCUCCAGAGGGGAUAAAGGAAUUGGUAUACCUGGUUUACCUGGAAUAAAAGGACCCAGUGGACCACCUGGGCCACCUGGAAAUGCUGGAAUGCCUGGGAUUGCCAAACCCGGUGUAAAUGGUCUUCCUGGCCAGCCAGGUUUGUCAGGGAAGUCUGGUCCUAAAGGUGAACCCGGGCCAGGAGGACCACCUGGUGAUAGAGGCCAACCAGGUGUACCAGGCUUAUCGGGAAUUGGAAAACCAGGGAAGGAUGGUUUUUCAGGUCAACCUGGGAUUCCUGGAGGGAAAGGUGAAACAGGUUCUCCCGGAGUACCAGGAAUUCCAGGUAUGCCUGGUUAUGGCAAACAAGGGUUUCCAGGACUGAAGGGUCACAAAGGACACAGCGGCUUUCCUGGAUUAUCAGGUCAAAAAGGAGAAAGGGGGCUUGAAGGCCUUCCCGGCGUUAUUGGUCCGACAGGUUCAAGUGGUAGACCUGGUCCCCCAGGCCCAAUUGGGCCUUCUGGUAGCGUUGGCUUCCCAGGGCAGAAAGGUGAAGAUGGUGAAAGUGGGUUUAAAGGAAAUCCUGGAUUAAAAGGGGAUUUAGGGUUACCAGGCCUUCCGGGACAGCCAGGCUUCAUAGGUGAGAUGGGACAACCUGGACUAAGAGGAUUUCGAGGACCAACAGGUCCUAAAGGGGAACCAGGUGACAGGGGUUUAUUUGGAAGUCCUGGUGCUGCAGGAUUACCUGGGCCAAGAGGAGAGGUAGGCCAACCUGGGGAUAAAGGCCAUCAAGGACCACAAGGGAUUCCAGGACUUUCAGGACCAGGUGGACCAAUAGGACCUCCUGGAAUGCCUGGUCAAAAAGGAGAAACAGGCCCUCCUGGGGUACCUGGAUAUCCUGGUAAUGGAAUACCUGGACCUGCUGGUCAGAUCGGUCCUAAAGGUAACGCUGGGCAGAGUGGACCUCAAGGACUUCCCGGACCACCAGGGAAACCAGGACUUCCUGGUCUUCCAGGACCCCCUGCAAGAUACCCAGACCAUGGACAAACUCUCUCGGUAUCAGGUCCAUAUGGUGGUAAAAAACAAGCAUAUAAAAAGCCCAAUUAUGGUGGUUACAUUGGUGGAAAUGCCUUGGAGAUGCCAGCUUUUACAGCAAAGCUAACCAACCCAUUCCCUCCUGUAGGUUCUCCCGUGAUUUUCGACAAGGUUCUACACAACAGCAAUCAGGACUACAGUCCUCAAAAUGGUGUUUUUACAUGCAGCGUACCAGGAGUAUACUAUUUUUCCUACCAUGUCCACUGCAAGGGGGGCAAUGUGUGGGUGGCACUAAUGAAGAACAAUGAGCCCAUGCUGUACACUUACGAUGAGUGCACCAAGGGCUUGCUGGAUCAAGCAUCAGGUAGUGCUGUUCUCCCUCUACAGCAGGCUGACACUGUUCACGUACAGUUGCCAUCUGACCAGGCAGCGGGCCUUUAUGCAAGUCAGUAUGUCCAUGCCAUUUUUUCUGGAUACGUGUUGUACUCAAUCUAAGUGAAAAAUUAAAAUGCUACAGUGGACCCUUAUGCUACGAGCACCUCACUUUGCGAGUUUUUCCAUGAUAGGAGCAUCAUCAUGAGAGAAAAUGAGUCUCAAUCUGUGAGUGAAUUUUCACCAAUCGAAUCCCAGAAAAGCCUCUCUCUCACUUGGAGUGUCUGGGUGCCUCGGCAUCCCGCCAAGUGUCAUGCGAGCGCUCACAUUCGCUUUGUCUUGCCAAGUGCCUCGACGUACCGCUAGGGGGCGUAGGAGCAUAUCGCAUCAACAGAAUCCCCCAUCUACCCACUAGUGAUGGGAUAAACAGUAAACUUGAGGGAACGAAGUCAUUAUGAUUCGUUCAAUAAAAAGAUGCGUUCAAACGAAUCGUUCCACGAUUCGUGACGAAAGGAAGGAAGUGACUUUGCCGAAUGAAUCACCAAAGAUCGCUUAGCAACUUAACUGAAUGGGAAGUGACAUUGCUUAGUCCCUCCCUUUCUUGCACAUGGGCUCCUCAUUGGCCGGUCGGCCUAGAUUUAUAAGUGAGCGUCACUGAGCAACAGACGCUAUUAUUCUGUUUCCGCUCCCUCCACGCCGCUGCAAUAGUGAAAGCUAACUUUCGCAUUGUCUAUUAUAUGUCUAUGGGAUCAAAGUAAUGGCUCGUGCUUGCAAAUUUUAAACAUUUUCCUUUUUCCAUUUUUUUGGGGGGGGGAAGCAAAGCCUUUCUCGAACAUGAUCAAUAUCCAAAAUAUACACAUAUACAAUAUUGACGCUACCAGCCUACAUGACACGACUGCUGUGGCGUAACUCAAAUAAAAAGAGAAACCAAAACUCUAAUUGCUAAAUAUGGAACGACCAACACAUCAUAUUUACCACCACGCUUCGUUGUAUUUUAUUUCAUUUUAUUCUAUUUUAUUUUUUUAAUGAUCAUCACGAUUAUUUUUUUCGGAACUAUUGUUAAAGUGUAUAUAGCUGGUUGUCAAAUUUGUUACCCUGAAAUAAAAACUAUGAAACGAUACAAAAUUUUGAUACAAAAAAGUUUCACAGCAAAUCAGUAUUAAGACGAUUGUAUUGAAAUGUAAUUUUUGCACUGGUAUUGAUAAAUAAAUAAUCCCGUCAGCUCCCCGCUGUCGUUCCCUUAUCUGAGAUUGCCAAAUGCUGAUGAGAAAUAAUCGUUUACUCUUGACAAUAUGUCACCUUUCCACUCUCAUGAGUUUGUUAAGAAAAUGGACACAUAUAGGUACAUCCCUUGUGCCGCGUGCGCUUAGUUUUUGGGCGCUUGAGUAGCACAGGAUGGAUAGAUGGAUUCCACAAUAAUUUGUCAAAUUUGCACCCCAAUCAACACCUGACACGCUCUGACACGAAAAAAAUAAAUUAUACACUCGGAAAAAAAAAAAGAAACAUGAAAAUAGAUUCAUUGCAAAUCACUAUUAUGGUGAUUGUACCAAAUAGUCAUUUUUCCUGUGCACAGAUGAGAUAAAUUUUACUGCUGUGAAGUCCCCUGAACCCAGCUCGAGUCAGCUCUCUCCCCCACCCCCAUGACGUCUACUGUAAAGUUGAUAGGAUGUUGUCAAAUGUAGUCUCGAGUCUGGUGAGAAAAGUAGUACACAAAACCAUGCUCAGCAAAAGUAAUGUAGUACACUAAACAAUGCUCCGUAUGUUAGUGUGGUGUUUUCAUGCGUUUGAGUACCAUAUGAUAUGCUCCACAUUAAAGAAUGUGAAAAUCCCUUUCCUUUCAGUUCUUGCCUCGUUUACUGCUAGGCUUGCCACCCGUCCCUUGAAAUACGGAAUCGUUCCAUAAUUGGGAAUUAAAAGUUGCGUUUCGUAUUGAACCAAUACGGAACGCAGUUUAUUCCAUAUUUCACAAUUGUCCCAUGGGGCGACCCCACGCGACCCACGGCUCCGGCGGCGGGAAGGGGCGGGCGGCGGUGCGCCCAGCCCAUGCACGUCUGUAACACAAAAACACACACCUGGCUGCGCUCAUCAGUGACCACUGAGCCAAGAAUAAUGAACAAAAAGGGCAGGAGAUAUUAAAGACAGCAAGAUAGUUAUCUGCCUGCCUGCUGCUGUCUGCUCUGCACUGUGCUCCACUUCGGGUUCGUUUAUUAGUAACUUCGCUCGUUCGGACACCCCACCUCAUCCUCAAAAGGGGACACGUCUCCAAAAAAUAGACUGGAGCGGGAAGAGGGUAACUUGUGGCUCGAUAGAGGCACUGAUGAUGAUUAUAAAGCGAACUGCAAGGCAAGCAGGAAAGUUUUUGCAGUGUCUCACGGAGGUGUAAAGCAGCAUCCUGCAGGGGACCUCCACAAACGAAAUAUAAGAUCCCAGAAGAGCCUUUGUCACAAUUCUUUGUACCUGAAACAUCCCCUGAGCUUAAUUUGGUAUGGCAUUAUGCUCUUGUAUAUGGAUAACAUAUAGGCUAUAUUUAUAUUUACCUUCAUACAGCUUGCAUUGAUAGGAGCAUGGCUAGGCUAUUUCAGUGGCUACUCUGGUUGAUUAUUUUCAGGAAUGUUGAUUUUUUUUUUUUUUUUUUGAAACAUGCAUUUAUUAUCAAUCAAUAUGGAAUUAAUUUAUGUACCCAUAAAGAACAUCUUAUUUUGUUACGCUAACUAAUGCUCCUCAUUUGGAAUUAUUACUAAUAAAUUAACAGCAAAUAAACACUGAACAGUCCUACUACGAAUACAGUAUAUACUAUCUAUUGAUUAAUAGUGAUACCAAAAUUAAAGCAAUAAUUUCACAUCAUCCCACUCCUACCCUCUAAAUUACUGCAGUGAUGUGACACAGGUACACCACACAGUAAAACGUGGCCAGCCAGAGCUACAAUAGUGCUGACUGUGGACACAGGCUCAAUCAGAAGAUUUUUAUAUGAUUCCAAAACAGUGAAGAAAAUGACUUUGGGGAGAACAAAGCAAGAGGCACUGUUGAAACAAGUCCUGGUUCCAAAGAAAGUGGGUGAUGUGCUCAAAAUCUUAACAUCACCCAUCCCAAUCUCCAUACAGACCGAUGAAUCGAAUAAAUUGAGCAGGAAAUGUUAUCCCUAGCUGUCCAGUACUUCAGUCCAGAGUCUGGGCUCACCAACAAAAUGCUGGACUUCAUACAGAAUGCAGACGAGUCAGCUGCUGGAACUGUAGCUCUCCUGGAACAUUCCCUUAAGAAAUUUGGCUUGUCAAUGGAUCACGUGACCGGAUUCAGUGUCGACAACACAAAUAUUAAUUACGAUAUUCACAACUUUGUUUUCACUAACCUGCAGAAAAAAACAAAACUAUCUGCUGCAUGGAAACUGCCAUGCCCACAUAGUGAACAAUACAGUUUUCUCAUCUAAAAAUAGACACAUUUCGAUGCAUUUUAGGAGUUUUGGGGAUGCCCCUUUUUUUCGCCCGUAAGGCUUUGGGCGCGAGGGGGGGGGGGGGGCGUCCCUUAUUUCCAUUUCUGAAAGGUGGCAACCCUAUUUACUGUGUGACUGGAAAGUCAAGUCAUGUUGCAGAACGAAUCAUCUCAGCAAUCUCGGUCAGGACCGAGUAAGUGUACGGUAAGUGACAUAACUCAGUCUUGCCCCUGCCUGCUUAUUGGCCACACGUGGAAGUGACUGACAGACGCUCUGAUUCUGUUUUCGCUCCCUCUCCUGCCCGCGAUGAGGCUGACGUCUUGUCAUGCAUCACAUCAGAUGCUGCAUCUUGGUCUCAACUCUUAACGCCCUUCCACGCAAGUCCCAAUUUUCCUUAAGAACGAAUCAGUGCAGAAGGUGAUUAGUAGUGAUGGCCAAAUGAAGCCUUAUGAAGCAAUGAAGCUUUGCAGCCAAUUGGUUUGCACAUGUAGCAAAGCUUCAUUGUGCUUCAUUUACUCUAUGGCGCCAUCAAGUGGUCUACAAGCCCAAGAGGUCAACAUUGUUAAGAAUUCAAUGGUUAUUUGAUUAUGAGAAAGAUAUGAAUGUGCUUAUGUUAGUAAUUUAGUAUGUGAACAAAAUAACAAAACAAAUAUAACAAAACAAGUACUAAGGAUAAUUUGUUAUUAAUUUUUGUUGAGAAAUAAUAGCUUUCCCACAGUGGCUGGCUUUAAACGGUUUCUUUUUUUUGGACAAUAUUUCACCAGCUUUAGAAAAUAUUCUUCUUUCACAAGGCACAGAUGAAGCUGGGGUGCUGAUAAAUGUGAGUGUCAGUUUUUAUAAAUUUGGGUAGGUAUUCUUUUGUGCCUCCCAGUACACUAAUGGAUUGUUCAUUCUGUUGAUGUUUGGUUCAGAUAGGUACACACACUCACAUUUAUAUUAAUGUAGUUCUUCUCCCUUACCUUAUUGAAAGCAAUCAAAUGAAAAUGUUCCCAUACAGGGGAGGAUCGCUUUUUUUUUUGCGCAAUUUCCAUCGCAAGCAAAGGACAAGGCUCGAAAAAAGAUUGCACUGGUUGCACUGUUGCGCACAGAUCAUGUAACAAGUACAGGAGCCCGAAAUGCACAAAAUGUGAGAUAACAGGCGAUCGCCAUUGCGUUUUGCAACCAAUUUAUACCGUAGUCUGUAGCCUACUGUGUUUGCAAUGCGCGCCGAACGUCGGAUCACUUCCGAAGCAUACAUCAGCUUCAGCCGGCCGGCGAGGCUUCUCACGCCAUCAUUUCCGGGUUCUGCCGAAAUGACGCGCGCCUCGCUACAAGCCUCGUGGAAACACCCCUCCCAUUACUCGACACAAGCUUCGGAACCUCGGCCCAUUUCGUCCCAUCACUAGUGAUUAGUUCGGUCUUGUUCCUCCAUUCAAAAAGAACGAAUCGUUCAUGACCGACACAACAUUACUGCCCACCUGGUGCUGAUUCUCGCUGUCUCCAAUGAUAAAAUUUUGUAUCUAAGUGCAUCCGAGUCAUUUUUGCUUUCCUGUGAACACAAGUGAACAUUAACCAUAUCCUCCAGCAAAAUAGCAACCAAAAACAGUGGUGAGAAAAAGAAAAUAAUGCUCAGAAUUUAAACAAUGCAAGAAAUAAUAGGAAAACAUGAAAAGUGUGUUAGCGAUCUUUGUAAGGAGUAUAAGGAGGCUAUAAUGGAUAUGUCUGCCUCAAAGGGAAUGGCCACCCUCGCUAAUAAAAGAACCAUAAUUAUUGUAUGUAUGAGUGCCCGUUCUCUCUCCUCCUGCACUCCCGCCUUGAAUUUUCGUUAUGUUGCUACAGCCCUUGUGGUAAAUUUUUGUAAAUAAUUAUUUGGUUUUCAUAGAUUUUUAAAUUUAUUUAGCUUUAACAAUGAUGCCUUGAAUUAUCAUCUAAGGGUUACACUGUGGGUCAUUGGAACUGUUGCACGGAUUAACUGUUAUUCACUUAUUUCAUGUUUAGAAAAUAUAUUCAUAUUUAGCAUUCACGUUACAAGAUUAGUCGUGGAACGGAUUGUGCUCGUUCGUAUCAUGAGGGUCCAUUGUAUUUGAAAAUUCAAUGAUUGUUGAAGGAAAUGUAAAAAUUAAGUAAAUUGAAAAUGUUUUGUCUGAUGUUGAAUUAAAAUCAUUAUGUCCGUAUUUACAAGUGAACAAAGUGUCCUUAACUGUGUUGGAAGCUCUUAUGUUACAAAUACAGUAUUGUACAUGCCUUACACCAGGGGUCUCCAAACCAGUCCUCAAGGGCCCCAGCAGGUCCUGGUUUUUGUUCCAACCGAGCGAGUACAGGCAGUUUAACCAAUAAGGUUUCUGCUAAAAUAGGCAGAACCUGACUGCAAUCAACUGAUUACAAUUGUAAGACACCAGAUUGGUGUAACGGUGUCGUCCUGUAUUGUUGGAUUGAAAUCAUGCACCCACUGCGGUCUUAUGUGGAAUAGUUUGGAGGCCCGUGCUUUACACUUUUAUUUUAUACUUUUGAGGCAGCAAAUACAGUACAUGACUGUCUCGUGACAAUAUAUGAUAGAUGAAAUAUAAAUCUCUCAGUCAUUGUUACAUGACAAAGGAGGAAACGAUAGAAACUUUUCGUGGUGUGGUUUCCUUUAUUUGUAAAGCAUCGAACCCAGCUACAACAACAAAACGGGCUAAUGUGUUAAGUGCUAUCAUGCGCCACGGAACAAUGCACUUAGGACAACACGGAAAAUACAGAUUUUGCAAAUGCAUGCUGCCAUAUUUUCAGGAUCAAAACACCAUUCCGCCCGGCCCCGAAUCAUUUACGGAAACGGCGUACCAGACUGUUCCGACCCACUUGCACCCCUAAACAUAUCUAUAAAUCUAAGUGUUUGGAGAACAUUGUAUCUGGUUCUAACCGUAUUUCUAAGGUUGAAGAUGUAUUAGUACAGGCUGAAGGUGUGCCAAAUCUCCACUCAAGUAGUGGUUGUUCUUCUUGUGGACACUAACUUUUAAGUCCUACUCCUCAUUCGUGAACUGAUCGUCUUGAAACUUUGUAACUAUGUAGCAUGGGCCAGUAUCGAUCAAUCCUCAG